AUAAAUCAAUUUAUUUUGGAUUUGUGUUGAAUUGUCGUUCUGUGGCAAGUCUUGUCCUUUAAACCAGUUAUGGCAGGUAGACAACAAAGUCAAGCCGCUUUACUUUUAAUGAAGCAACUAAAAGAGCUUAACAGAAACCCCGACUGUGGUUUUUCUGCUGGUCUCGUAGAUGAAACCAAUCCUUUUGAAUGGCAAGUUAUUUUAAGUGGUCCUCCAGAUACCUUGUAUGAGGGAGGUGUCUUUAAGGCACGUCUAGUCUUUCCUCCAGAUUAUCCGGUUAUGCCUCCCACGAUGAGAUUUACUUCCGAGAUGUGGCACCCUAAUGUUUAUCAAGAUGGAAGAGUUUGUAUAUCUAUCUUGCACCCUCCUGGAGACGAUCCUCAUAACUAUGAAGAUGCUUCGGAACGUUGGACUGCUGUUCAUACGGUUGAGUCCAUUUUGGUCAGUGUAAUAUCUAUGCUUGCUUCUCCAAACGAUGAGUCUCCUGCCAAUUUAGACGCGGCGAAGGAAUGGAGAGAAGAUCAACAGUUAUUCAAGAAAAAAGUUCGUCGCAUUGUCCGGAAAAGUCAAGAAGAAUGGUGAACAUAUUUUGUACUCUCUAAUUCUGCUAACUUGGUUAGAUAAAAGUUUGAUAAAAUACCAAUCAUACGG